CGCAGGCGCGGUGAGAGUUGAGUCGCCGGCGUGAGGAGGAGAAACAGCAGUAUGUCGGGGCCGGGCCUGGUGGCGGGAGAGGUGGCCGUCGACGCGCUGCCCUACUUCGACCAAGGCUACGAGGCCACCGGCGUGAGAGAGGCGGCCGGGGCGCUGGUCGAGGAGGAGACGCGGCGGUACCGGCCCACCAAGAACUACCUCAGUUACCUGCCGGCGCCUGACUACGGCGCUUUUGAGACUGAAAUAAUGCGGAAUGAGUUUGAGCGUCUUGCAGCCCGGCAACCCAUAGAACUGCUGAGUAUGAAGAGGUAUGAACUGCCUGCACCCUCUUCUGGGCAGAAGAACGACAUUACAGCAUGGCAAGAAUGUGUUAAUAACUCAAUGGCUCAGCUGGAACACCAGGCAGUUCGUAUUGAGAAUUUGGAGUUGAUGUCUCAGUAUGGCUGCAAUGCCUGGAAAGUAUAUAAUGAACAUUUAGUUCAUAUGAUUGAACAAGCACAGAAAGAGCUACAGAGUUUGAGAAAACACAUUCAGGACCUUAACUGGCAGCGGAAGAACAUGCAGCUCACAGCAGGUGCUAAACUUCGGGAGAUGGAAUCAACUUGGGUGUCUCUUGUCAGUAAAAACUAUGAGAUUGAACGAACUAUUGUGCAGCUGGAAAAUGAAAUUUCUCAAAUUAAGCAGCAACAUGGGGAAGCCAACAAAGAAAACAUCCAACAGGACUUCUGAGACUUGCCUUGGCCUUAUGCUGCCAAACAUAAAAAACUGUCUAAAGCCUAUUCAUGGCUUUUGUUGUAGAACAAACUGAUUACGAGGAUGAGAGUUUCUUGUUCAGUUCCCAGAUUUAUGGCAUGAACUUUGGGAUGAGAGUUGUGCUUUUUUAUGGGGUUUGUCUGGAUGUUUUGUGAGAUAUUUGAAAAUAAACACUUUUCAAUGAUG